ACGGGGGACAGGGCGGGAGCGGGGAGCGCGUCCCGGUGAGGGGUUCCGUGAGGGGACCCUGUGAGGGGACCCGGCCAUGCGGGGCCCCGUCGCGGCCAUGCUGCGCAUCCUCGGCCCGCUGCUGUGCCUCUGGGCGCUGCGGCUCCCGGCGGGCACCGGCGCGGCCGGCCGCGGGCUGGACGUGGCUUCCUACCGGGAGCGGGUGCGCGCCAUGUUCUACCACGCCUACGAGCACUACCUGGAGAGCGCCUUCCCCUACGAUGAGCUGCGGCCGCUGACGUGCGAUGGACAGGACACCUGGGGCAGCUUCUCCCUGACCCUGAUCGACGCCCUGGACACCCUGUUGAUCUUGGGAAAUGUUUCUGAGUUCCAGCGAGUUGUCAGCGUGCUGCAGGAGGGGGUGGACUUCGAUAUUGAUGUCAACGCAUCUGUCUUUGAAACAAACAUUCGAGUGGUGGGGGGGCUUCUCUCUGCUCACCUGCUCUCCAGGAAGGCUGGAGUUGAAGUCGAAGCGGGCUGGCCCUGCUCGGGGCCUCUCCUGAGGAUGGCUGAGGAAGCAGCUCGCAAACUGCUGCCAGCUUUCCAGACCCCAACUGGGAUGCCCUAUGGCACAGUGAACCUGCUGCAYGGGGUAAACCCUGGGGAGACCCCAGUCACCUGUACUGCUGGAAUUGGCACAUUUAUAGUGGAGUUUGCCACCCUGAGCCACCUUACUGGUGACCCRGUGUUCGAGGACGUUGCCAGGAAGGCUUUGAAGGCACUGUGGAAAAAUCGUUCAGAUAUUGGACUGGUGGGGAACCACAUUGAUGUGAUAACUGCCAAGUGGGUGGCCCAGGAUGCUGGGAUUGGGGCAGGGGUGGACUCCUACUUUGAAUACCUGGUGAAAGGAGCCAUCCUCCUGCAGGACAAGGAGCUGAUGUCCAUGUUUUUAGAAUAUAACAAAGCUAUCAAAAAUUACACUAAGUUUGAUGACUGGUACCUGUGGGUCCAGAUGUACAAAGGAACAGUGUCCAUGCCUGUGUUCCAGUCCCUGGAGGCCUAUUGGCCAGGCCUGCAGAGCCUCAUUGGGGAUGUAGAUAAUGCCAUGCGGACCUUCCUCAACUAUUACACGGUCUGGAAGCAGUUUGGGGGCCUGCCCGAGUUCUACAACAUUCCCCAGGGAUACACGGUGGACAAAAGAGAAGGAUAUCCACUCAGGCCUGAGCUGAUUGAGAGCGCRAUGUAUCUGUACCGUGCCACCAGAGACCCCACGCUCCUGGAGCUGGGGAGAGACGCCGUGGAAUCCAUAGAGAAAAUCAGCAAGGUGGACUGUGGGUUUGCAACUAUCAAAGACUUGAGGGACCACAGGCUGGAUAAUCGCAUGGAAUCCUUCUUUUUGGCUGAAACAGUCAAAUACUUGUACCUGCUGUUUGACCCAGACAACUUCAUCCACAAUGAUGGCUCAGACUUUGAUGUGGUGGUCACACCUUAUGGGGAAUGUGUGUUGAAUGCUGGAGGGUACAUCUUCAACACCGAGGCUCAUCCCAUCGACCCUGCUGCCCUGCACUGCUGUAGGAAGCGCAAGGAGGAGCAGUGGGAGGUGGAAGACUUGAUGAGGGAAUUCUACUCACGGAAAAAAACAAAGAAAUUCACUUUAAAAAGAGCUUCUGACCACGCUGAAGGGGAACAUGCAAAAGACCCCAAAGAUGCCUCUUCAGAGAAAGCUGGAGAGAAKAGAAACUCUAAGAAAAGCUCACACUCCCUCCUGAGUUGCCCCAGUCARUCUUUUAACUCCAAGCUUGCAGUACUGGGACAGGUCUUCCUAGAUAACACCUGAUACUGUUUGCAUCAUCAGUUUAAAUUAUUUAACUUGUUUCAGGUUCUGGGAAUAUAUUUUUAUAUUUUCAUAAUGGAAACAGUGGUACCUCACAAUGUGAAUUGUAUUAUGAAGUGAAACAACUUCUCAUUAAAUUCUGCUACUGCUCCUUCAUAAGCCUUGGCUCAGGUACCAGCUGUUGAUGCUGCUGAGCUGCUGAUCUCAAAGUACUUGGCUGUGUGAAUACCAAAAAGAGAAAGAAAGGUCUACGUGUUAAAUGCACCCUUUUUAUUGCAUUUUGUGAGUUUUACAGGCUUACAGAGAGUCCCCAGCUUACUUUGCUCUGUAAAAAUGAGCCUGAGUGGUUCCCCGUCAUAAGGGGACAAGCAGGAAUUAACUGUAGCUUUACUACAACUCUGUGCUCCUUCUUUUAUCUUUGGCCACUUUAUAAACAKGUGCUUCAUGUUGAAAAAUUGCUGGCCACUGGAGUAAACCUGUUURUUUUGAGGUGGAGGCUCAGAUUUGUAGCUCUGGUAGGUGUGUUGGGCACAGGGGGAGCAGAGCACUUAGAACAUGAGAAAAUGCUCGGUCCUCCUAUUUCAGAUCAGUGUGGGUCGGUACCUCAUGCCUGAAAACCACCACUUUAGUAAAUGUCCAGCCAAUACUGAGGUGUAGGGUGUACUAGGAAAUGUUUGAUUGACUCUGCAGUGUUGCUUGCUUGCUUUCUAAAGAAUCUAAGAUGCUUAUCUUGAAAUUUCCUUCUUUUUAACUUCCCUUUGGCCAUUUAUUUCACUGUACCUGAGUCACUGCAGCCACCCCUGGGGUGCCCAGCUGCACUGAACAUGAGCUGUGCACAAGGCUUGRAAGAGAGCUCUGUCCAGGCUGAAAUUGCAGCUCUGCCUUGGUGCAGGAGGCAGCUGAACAGAUGUUCAUGAACCUCUCAGUGUUCAGCUGACUUGGCAAAUCUAAACCUUUAAAURCAUUAUUAGUGUCUUUGCAACAGAUGUGUGCAGUGACCAGAAAGGGUGGACCAAGAUAUUUUCUUUUUAAAGGGGACACCAAAAUUGGAGGCUUGCUGGAAAGUGAGCAGUCUGGAGCAAGCUGCACCCAGCUUACAGUCAUUUGAGUGGGCUGGAGGUACAGGAUAAAUAAAUCCCUGUGGACAAGGAAAUACUUAAAUACAACUGGACCAGUGCCCAGUCUGUGCUGGUGUGUGGUUGCCUUGAGAAAGUAAUUUUUUUGUUGUUUUGACCUCUACUAGUGCUGUAAAGUUAAAUAAAAUCUGUGUUUUGCCCUUCAGGGUAGAAAUCC